CUGGUCGGAAGACGUCUUCUGAUCCUGCCAUCCCGUGCUGUCGUCUCCUCAUUCAAUAGAGGAGAUGCCUAUAGGAUAUGUCGGUCUCCGGCUGUCCCUGUGCAGGUAGCUAGAGACCAAAGCAUUAUCAUCGUUGACCUUCAAAUAAUGAUGGAUCUGGUGGUAGCUAACUAGCCAAAACACAAACUGUUAAUAUUAAAUGUCUUUCACUCAUAAGUGCCCUCUUUCUCUCAGGUGCGGUAUGCGUCAGAACGACCUAGUCGUAAAGGCUUCUUCGGAGAGUUUGUGGAGAACCUGAGGCAGGAGUUUGGGAAGGACAAGGAGAUGAAGGAGAACAUCAAGAAGUUUAGAGAGGAGGCCAAGAGGCUGGAGGAGUCGGAUGCCCUGCAACAGGCUCGGAGGAAAUUUGUACGCUCAAAUUUGAUUUUGGAGUGUAAUGUCCCUUUCAGCCUGGGGUCACUAACCUUGGUUGUGCAGACUUGUUUCAGCCCAGUACUAACCUUCAACUAGUGAAGGUCUUGAUGAUAAGUUGAAUUGCCAGUGCUGUGCUGGAACAAAAGCCUGCACAUGCUGUCCAGGACUAGGGUUGGUGACAAGUUGACUUUCAUCUGUGUUCCAAACAAACACUUGUGAUGUCAUGCACAUUCGAUGCUUGACUAAUGUGGCAUCUCAUCAAUGUCAACUGUUUCUUUCUGCCAGAAAACAAUUGAAUCAGAGACAGUAAAGACCUCUGAGGUGUUCAAGAAGACCCUGGGGACUCUGUCGGAGACUGUGAAGGAGGUGAGUCAUUGUAACACUCUUGAAAAUGAUUAAAAGAACAAUGGUCAUUGACAUUAUCAGUUUAAGUAAACCCUCAGAAUUAGGCCUAAGUGCAAAUGUUUAAUCCUUCUUGUAUAAUCCUUUUAGUUCAUCAAUGGUGUAAAUCUGUUUUUAUAUUUCAGCUGAAGUAUUGGACAGCUUAUGAGUUAAACUUCAGUUCUAUAUCAGUGCUAACCCAAAGAUGCCAUUAAUGUGGAACUGUUAUUUAUAGUAGCUUGUAACUUGCUGUGGUCCAUGUCUGUCUGUCUGUCCAGGGCCUUGAGGAGGUGACCCGUACAGACCUGGGGAAGAAGAUUAAGGAGGGGGUGGAGGAGGCAGCCAAGACAGCCAGGCACUCUGCUGAGUCUGUGUCCAAGGGAGGAGAGAAGCUGGGAGUGACCAGCGCCUUCAGGGCCAUCUCACAGGUCAGAGACUGGCAUUUAAAAUAAGUAACACACCUCUCCAUUGAAGGAAAUUGGUUACGCUUUAUUAUUUUAUUCUUUGGUCUGCUAUUUACCCAGUUCCUGCUUAAAAAUGGGCUUAGUUACAUGAUUACUACGUAUCAUUAAUUGUGUUGAAUGAUUUUAAUCAAGCACAAGAAUGUAGCAGUUGUAACCAGUUGUUUUGGGGUAAAUACCAGCUGUUGAGAGACUUGUAAGAAACAUUGAAGCAUCAACUCUGAAAAUGUGUCAAACAUCAUGAAUUCUAUGGAAUCAUUUUACUGAUGUACUGAUCUCCUUUUCCCCCUCCCUCUGUGUGUGUACAGGGGAUGGAGUCAGUGAAGAGAGAGAUUGAUGUGGUGGACGAUGGUACCUAUAGGGCUCCUUCUCAACUCAGGAAGAGGAGUGAAUUCUCCUCCAAGGGAGGGGAGAGCGACAACCGUGUCUUUGAGGCCAAUGAGUAUGUCCCUUUUCACUUUUUCAUAACCAUGACAUGGUUAACAGAUACAUUUUCCCAUUCACUGACAAUGCUAUGGGUGUCCAUUCAGCCAUGCUUGAAACUAUUAGGAAAUACAACGUAUUGAUAUAAAUGGUCUAUUUUGAUUCACAGAGAGGACAUGGGUGUUGUUCUGCACAAGGAUUCUAAGUGGUACGCACAGUGGAAGGACUUCAAGGACAACAAUACGGUUUUCAACAGUAAGAGAAUGUUGUUACUGUAUUUCAUCAGAAAUGAUAACAUGAGAGUGAUGUAAUCAUAGGUCACAUUCAUGGUUGCGUGCACUUCACUGGCCAGUCAACAGGUGGCACUAUAUUCAUUACAUGGGCAAAGUGGAGGCAGAGUUUUCAGAAUUGUACUUAUAUCUUGAUGUCAAGUCUAUCAGAGAUGGGAUUUUUUCUGAUCAAGAAAUACUUUCUCUUAAAUUGUAUCUUGUUUGAUUUUCUGUGGAGGGUCCCAGAGUCUUGGAAGUCUUUGGGAUAUUUUCAGCUCAGCAUUUCUUGUAUUACCUCUCCUCACUCCUCAGGGUUCUUUGAGAUGAAAAUGAAAUAUGACGAGAGUGACAACGCCCUUGUCAGAGCGUCUCGAGCCGUGACCGACAGAGUCACAGAUCUACUAGGUAAACAACUUCUCUUUUAAAUUAUGUCCCGGUUGAAUCAUUCUAUCACUCUGAGGGGAUUACUGGGUGUGUGUAAUAGUUUCUCCGUUAUAUUGUCUGGUAUGUCAAUAGCCACAAAGUGACUACCCUAUUUUCUUUCAGAAGUUCUGAUAGAUAGUUGGACUACAUAGGUUUCCACUAUUUUUACAUCAAAUCCUAUUUAUUUGGUUGGCAGGUGGUCUCUUCUCGAAGACUGAGAUGUCUCAGGUGCUGACCGAGAUCUUAAAGGCAGACCCCAGCUUCGACAAGGACUCCUUUCUCAAACAGUGUGAGAAGGACAUCAUCCCCAACAUCCUAGAGGUAAGGGCACAAACACUUUCUAACACUUUCAAACAAUUCCAAACACUUUUUAACUAUUUGAAGCACUUUUUUUGAUCAGUGUUUUGUUAUUUUCAAUUGUAAGUCAUGAGCUUUUGAAAUGCACACCAGAAGUGUAAUCCAUAGAUCACUGGAAUUGAAUAGAUGUUGGUUACCUUUGUUAUAAGAUAACUUUAUAGAUAUCCAGCAUGCAGUAGCUAAGGUUUACGAAUGCACCAAUGUGGCUCUGUUGUGCAGGCUAUGAUCCGUGGAGAGCUGGAGGUGCUGAAGGACUGGUGUUAUGAAGCUGUAAGUCGUUUUAUAUAGACCGCACUCCAUUCCUCUUUUCCACGUUUACUGAUGUCUGUAACAAGUAGUGUCUGUACAAAAGGGUUUACUUGGCAUGCUUUCUUUUCUCAGAAAUAUAGUUUUAUUAGAUUUUCUUAUCACUAUCAGGGUGAAAAAUACUUUCAAAUAGCAUUCUUCCUUUUAGUUGAAGAAUGCUAUUUGACCCUCGUCUUUCCAUCCUCAGACAUACAGUCAGCUGGCCCAUCCUAUCCAACAGGCCAGGGCCCUGGGUCUAAUGUUUCAGUCCAAGGUCCUAGAUAUAGACAACAUAGAUGUAAGUACAUGAAUGUGUCUGUCAGGCUCAACCAGGCCAUGUCAUUACUCUGCUUGAGCUACAUGUACAAGUCGGUCACCAACGUUUUGGUAGCCAGCAGAUUGUCAUUAUUUCAGGUUUAACAUAAUUUCCUUCCCCUGUUCCCUCUCUGCCAUUCCUUCAUUCCUUCUCACUCAGUUGGCGAUGGGGAAGAUCAUGGAUCAAGGCCCUGUGUUGAUCAUCACGUUCCAGGCCCAGGUGGUCAUGGUGAUUCGUAGUCCCAAGGGAGACCUGGUGGAAGGAGAUCCAGUGAGUUACCUCCUAGAUGGUUACAACCUCUGUGAUAGCUAUUCUACCCAUCUUUCUCUCUGUCCUGGCAGAUUUUGUCUAGGUCACUUUGCUCCUAAACCCGUCCAUUUCUCCAGCCUUCGAUGGUAAUAUGGAGUCUGAUACUCUCUAAUAUGUGGAUAGGCCACUGGGAGUAGACGGUUACCGGACUGCACUCUGGUCAAAGAACGAUGUCAGACACAGAAGGGAAACAGGAUAAAAUAAAGAAAAAAUGACUACAAUGUAAAUCCAAUAAACAGUAUUACAUUAAACAGUAAUGUCAGCAAUCUCUAGACACAAUUUACAAUAAGAGAAAAAGAACACCAUAAUUCCUCUCAGGAGAAUUAACAUCACAGUAACACCAACUGGUAGUCUAAUCACACAAUAUUACAACAUGGUAAAGAAACUGAUGAAGAAAGUUACGCCUCUACAUACACAUUACUUGUAUUUACAUAUAACAAUAGGAAACUUUAUAACAUUUAAAUAAGUAUUUGUUCUGACUUAUAUUUCGUCAAAAACGCACAAAUAUCCCUGGUCUCCACAAAAGACAACUGGAAACUGCGAAAUAACCUUUAAUUCAUUUUUUAUCAAUUGGUUGCCAUGGGGAAUAAUCCAAUAAUAAUUGGUAGGACACAUGAAAGAAAACAUCAGAGUUGACCAGAAUCUCUAAAUAACAAUACUGUAGAUGUAAUUACAUUUAGCAGGAUUCUAAAUUCAAAUCUAACAGGCUUUUAUACAGAUGGUAUCUUUCGUCCUACUUCCCUAUCCCUCUUUCUAACCCUGUUUCUUCUAGCCCAUUCCGGCUUCCCUUUCCUUAACCUUGAUAUCUUUUUCCCCAUUCUUCUAACCGUUGUCUUCUGUGCUCUUUUCCCUCUCUCCUACUCUUGGUGAUAUCUCUCCUCCCCCCAGGAGAAGGUGUUGAGGAUGAUGUAUGUGUGGGCUCUGUGUCGGGACCAGGAGGAGCUCAACCCCAACGCAGCCUGGAGACUACUGGACAUCUCUGCCUCCAGCACCGAGCAGGCUCUCUGAGAGACCAGGAAAGAAGAAGAGACAGAGGGACACUCCCAGGACACACACACACACAAACACUCCCAGGACACACACACACACACUCCCAGGACACACACACACACACACACACUCCCAGGACACACACACACACACACACACUCCCAGGACACAUAUACACACACUCCCAGGACACACACACACACACACACACACACACCCACACAACACACACUCCCAGGACACAUAUACACACACACUCCCAGGACACACACACAUACACACUCCCAGGACACAUACACACACACACACACACACUCCCAGGACACAUAUACACACACACACACACACACUCCCAGGACACAUAUACACACACACACUCCCAGGGGACACACACACUCCCAGGGACACACACACUCCCAGGACACACACACUCCCAGGGGACACCACAUACACACACACACACACACUCCCAGGACAUAUAUAGACACACACACACACUCCCAGGACACACCCACACACACACACUCCCAGGACACAUAUACACACACACACACACACUCCCUGGACACAUAUACACACACAUUCCCAGGACACAUACACCACACACACACACACUCCCAGGACAUAUACACACACACUCCCAGAACACAUAUAUACACACACACACACCCACUCCCAGAACACAUAUAUACACACACACACACACUCCCAGGACACAUAUACACACACACACUCCCAGGACACAUAUACACACACACACCCUCCCAAGACACAUACACACACACACACACCCUCCCAGGACACACACACACACACACUCCCAGGACACAUAUACACACACACACACACACACACACACACACACACACACAACCCACGACCCUCCCAAGACCACAACACACACACCAAACCCCCACAUCUCCCAGGACACACACACACACACUCCCAGGACACAUACACACAACCCAGUAUACACCGCAAUAUCACACAGCCCGUCAGGAGGACACACACAGGACGUGGCGGCGUGCCACUCUACAGACGCACACUGGAGUGUGUUUGUGUGAGUUUGUGGUUAGUCCUUAGGGUGCAGAUGGGAUCUGCGACUGGUGUGAGUGUGGUCCUGGGAACAGAACAGUGUGUAUUAUGGACAGAGGAGGAGGUCUCGACGUAAAAGGACAGUUUGUUUUCACCAAGUGACUCUAAAAACAAAGCGCCUGUGCCCCCCCCCCCCCCCCCCCCCCUCUUCUCCUCUCUCUCUCUCUCUCCUCUCCCUCCUUCUCUCUCUCCUCUCUCUCUCUCUCUCUCUGUCUCCCAGUGGAAGAGUCCAUCCUCUUUCAUGCUGGUUGCCUGUUUUGGAGCAGAGGGAUCCUUCGAAUAG